AUGAGCAGCUUGCGACACGGUCACUCGGGGACGCCGUCCUCCCCCCAUACCCCACAACACCACUUACGAUCCAACAACUCCUCAUUCGCCAGCACCACCUCGAGCACCUCCUACCGCGGCGAGGAAGAUGCCAUUAUCUUCGAAUUAGGCGCCCGCUGGCUCCGCGCUGGUUUCGAGGGUGAGAGCACCCCGAUGUGCGUGGUGGGCUGCGGCCCUGAAGAAUGCCGCCGCGUCGGCGACUAUCGCGGAUGGCUGAAGACGAACAACCCGGACACCGACCCGGGGCAGUUGCGGCCGCUUGUCAAUGCGGAGGAUUGGGCGAGCGCCUACGAGCUCUGGAAGAUGGAUCUUCGAACGGUCGACCUGGGCCUCGUGGAGGACAAGAUUGAGCGGAUGUUUCGAGAGACCUACAACAAAUACCUGUUGACGGACGCGGGCACGUCGCGGCUGGUACUGGUGCUCCCCGCGAUCAUGCCACACCCACUACUGUCGUCGUUACUGUCGGUACUGUUCAGCCGAUGGCGGUUCCCGAGUAUCACGCUGUUGACGAGUGCUACGAUGGCGGUGAUGGCGGCCGGGGUGCGCUCCGCUCUGGUGGUAGAUAUUGGGUGGGCGGAGACGGUGGUCACGGGGGUCUAUGAGUAUCGUGAGAUCGCGGUCAAGCGGAGCACGAGAGCUAUGAAGGCGCUGCUGCAGGAGACGGGACGGUUGCUCACCAACAUCCCCGCGGCGCGGGGUGGGAAAGCGCAGUCGUCGGGAUCGGGCGAUGCUGGUAUCUCGGUGAGGUUUGAAGUUUGCGAAGAAGUUGCCAGCAGAUUUCUAUGGUGUAAACCCAGGAAUACUCCCUCAACGGCAGAAUCAACAAAGGCAGAACCCGACGACGACGAACACGAACCUACCACUCAACAUUCCUCUUUAUCUUCCCUUCUACAACGGACGGUGGAAAUUCCUUGCCCCUCGAACCCAGGAUCGGCCUACGUCAACCUCCCCUUCUCCACCUUCACCGAGCCCGUCGAAACCACCCUCUUCGCAACCGGCACAGCAGAGUGCGAGCUCGACGACGAAGAAAAGCCCCUUCCACUUCUAGUCUACAAUGCCUUACUCGCCCUCCCACCCGAUGUCCGCGGCAUCUGCAUGUCCCGCAUGAUCUUUACCGGUGGCGGUGCCAACAUUCCCGGCGUCCGCCAGCGCAUCCUUGCGGACGUCGCGGCUCUUGUCGACGAGCACGGCUGGUCCCCCGUCCGCGGCAAAGUGAUCGAGCAACAACGACGCAAACUCGCAAACUUACACCCCACCCCCGACACAAACAACACCACACCAACCGAGCCUCAACCCCAAAAACCAGCCCCAGCCCAGGAACCCCAAGACUCCGACUCCGACUCCACACUAGACGGCGAAGACCCCAUCGAAGCAAAAAUCCGGCGCAAUAACCGCGACACCGUGGCGCCACCAACACUGCAGGGUGUGCUCCGCGAGGUCGAAACCCUCGGUCCCUGGGCCGGGGCCAGCCUAACCACCUCGCUCAAAAUCCGGGGCCUGGUCGAGAUCGAGCGCGAGAAGUACCUGCAGCAUGGCCUUGCCGGCGCGACGCGGGACUUCGAGGCCCAUGCGCAUGUGCCUGAUCGACGGUCCGGGUUGCGGGCCGGCGGCGGAGGGGAUCGCUCCAGUUGGACGUUGGCGGGGUGGGGUUGA